AUGCGUUCAUUCAUUACAUUGGCUCUCUAUCUAGGCGCUGUCGCGGCUUCCGAGCUCAAGACACGUACCCUCUAUCAGUUCUCCUCCAACGACACCUGGUUAGAGAACCUAGCCAUACGAUCCAAUGGCAACAUCCUAGCCACUGAGAUUGGUCCUCCAGCCAAUCUCCUGUCUUUCGAUCCCAGCGAAAAGCAUCCACGGAAGAAGGUGAUUAAGGAUUUCACCUCCGUCCUGGGUCUCUCCGGUAUCACCGAAGGUGCCCACGAUGUCUUCUACGUGACUGGAGCCAAUACCACAUCCGAUAAUAUCCGAGAUCCACCAAAGAAUGCGACUCACGUUUGGGAGGUCGAUUUCACCAAAGACAGCGACAAUCCGAAAAUCAAACUCCUGUGUCGCCCUACGGCGCCCACCGGAUUCAAUGGCUUGGCAAGAUUCAAUGAUACAAUUAUACUUGCUACCGCCUCCUUUCAAGAUUCCAUCUUCGCAAUUGACACCCGCACCGGUCGUACCUGGGAGGCCAUCAAACAAGAAAGCCUCAUGUCCUCCAUCAAUGGCAUCAAAGUGUCAGACAACUUCCUCUACUGGACCGCCAACAGCGCCUUGUAUCGCGCAAAGCUAUACCCCAACCUCACUGCCAGCACGGGACAGCUGAUCUACGAGGGCGGCGCGUUUGAUGAUUUCGCUAUUGCUCCCAGUGGUUUCGCCCUUAACUCGACUUACGGUGCCAACUACAAAUUCGCUUACCUUUCUACCUCUGCUGGAAAUACAAUCGAGCAGGUUAUCUUUACCCGCAAUGGGACUGCCAUUGGUAGUGAGAUUAUUGCCGGGUCCGAGGACUCGACGGAAGUUGCUGAGCCUACGGGUGUUUUCUUCGGAAGGGGUGAGGGUCAAUUGAAUAAGAUCUAUGUCACCACCGGUGGUGGUAGUGGUGUCAACGUCGAUGUGAAUGGUACUGACACUGCGGUUGGUGCACAAUUGCUAGAGAUCCAACUUAAUUAG